UGACGUCACUGUCUCGCAACGGUCUCCAUUUUGCAGUAGUGCACGCAAAGCGGUUUCCCCUUAAUCGUGGUGCAUUAUCAGUAAAUAAAGUGCACAAACGAAGAGCAUUUUGCCGUAGAGGUACUUCCACGGACUGAAGCAAUGGCUGACCCAUCAGCAGACGUGGAGCUUCCGCAGGGCGCAGAGGUCCGCAAGCUGUCGGAGCUGAGGGUUAUCGAUCUGAAGGCCGAGCUGAAGAAACGAAACCUCGACACGACGGGUGUCAAGAGUGUUCUGUCCGAGCGUCUGAAGAAGGCAAUUGAGGAAGAGGGCGGAAAUCCGGAUGAGAUUAUCGUUGCACCAGAUUCUACCCCCAAAAAAGUCAGCGUGACGCCCAAGCGCGCAGCUAAAGAUACCAGACAAGAAAUUGAAGAAAGAGAGGACAGCACCAUGGAGGAGGAUUCCCAUGACGGACAUGAGGAACCUCAGGAGGAUCACGAGAACAUGCAGGAGAUGGACAUACUUGACAUGAACAUCCUCGACGAAACUGAAAAUGACAAUGGAUUUUCAGCGGAGAAUGAUGAUGAAAUGGAUAAUUUUCAACAGGACGAAGAUGAGUUGUUGAAUGAUGAGCACGAUAGUGGGGCUUUGGAGUCAGAAGAUAUAUCUAAAUAUUCAGAGAUGGACGAGUUUGAGAUGCCAGAAAAGGAGGAAUGUUCAACACCUUCGGCCGUCAAUAUGGUUCAGGAUCCAGAUGCUGACGAUGUCAAAGAAGAAACAGAAAAUGACAAAGUAGCCGGGUCUUGUUUAUCUGAGCCACUUAAUGAAGAUCAUGACCAGAGCCACGAGACGAGUCCUGAAGAAGAGCAAGCUGCCACCACCGAAGGGGAGGACAGUGUGUCCGACAAGCCUGCCUCUGGAGAUUUGGAGAAGGACAAAGAUGUUGUGGAGACUGACACCAAAGAGGUUGGGGACACAGUCCCAGAAGAGACAUUUGACGCUGAAAACAAAAGCUCGCAGGCUGUUAGUGUAAGCGAACAGGGCGCCGUGGGUGAAACUGUUGAUUCAGAAAUGGGGUCUAAGAAGGGUGAGGAGGAAGAGAAGACGGAAGAAAGUGCUGCUGCGGAUUCAGCUUCGACAGUGAAAGGGUCCUCCUCUGUAGAGGGCGAUGAUCAGAAAAAGAGCUCUGAGGAGAAAGAUGACAAGGCCGACUCAAAAGAUGAAAAGGCCGUUGGAGGUGGCGCCGCAGCAAGCAGUAGCCGGAAUCUCUGGGUCAGUGGCCUCUCCUCUACAACCAGAGCGACUGAUCUGAAAACCCUCUUCAGCAAAUAUGGCAAGGUCAUUGGAGCAAAGGUGGUGACCAAUGCCAAAAGCCCCGGAGCUCGGUGCUAUGGCUUUGUGACUAUGUCCUGCACUGACGAGGCCACUAAGUGUAUCAGCCACCUUCACAGGACUGAGCUGCAUGGGAGGAUGAUCUCUGUGGAGCGGGCUAAAAAUGAGCCCGCCGGGAAGAAGCCAGCCGACAAGACCGAUGCCAAGAAAACCUGUGGGGACAGGAGAAAUUCCUCUGACUCCAAGGCUGAUGGAAAGGAUGAAAAGUCUGAAGAAGGAAAGGAUGGUAAAGCACAAGAUGAGAGGACUGUAGUUAUGGACAAAUCCAAGGGGGAGCCUGUCAUUAGUGUCAAAACUAAAAGCAAGGAACGAAGCAGUAAGAGUCGAGAACGCAAGUCAUCCAGCAAAGAGGCAAAAGACAUUCUGUCAUUUGAUCAGAUCAAGGAGCAGCGAGAACGUGAGAGACAGAGACAGCGAGAGCGGGAGAUCAGAGAAGUUGAACGACGCAGAUACACGGACCGUGACAACCGCCCAGAUCGAGAGAGAGAGCGAAUCCGUCUGUUCAGGGAGAAAGAAGAAAGGAAGCACCUGAUGCGCAAGAGACACUGGCUGGAGACGGAGAAGCGGCGUCUCGAUGCAGACCGUAUGGAGCGUCAGUUCUUGGAGCGGGAGCGGAUGCGUAUAGAGUAUGAGAGACGGCGCGAACAAGAGCGGAUCAUGAAGGAGCGCGAGGAGCUGCGACGGCAGCAGGAGCAGCUGCGCUAUGAGCAGGAACGGCGCCCUGUUAAGAGGCCAUAUGAUGUGGACGGCAGGAAAGAUGAUUGGCCUGAAAAGCGAAUGACCAUGGACGACCGUUACGGCCGUACAGACUUCGGUCGUCAGGAACGUUAUCAAGACUUUGACCACCGAGACCGAGCACGUUACCAGGAUGACAUGAUGAUGGACAGGAGGGACAAUGCUCGUGGCAUGGGCUCAGACAGAGAUGGUCAGCAUUUCUCAGACAGGUCCGACAGACAUGGCAGGGAUUCUUGGGGUGGAAGUUAUGACAAGCGCAUCAACCCCAGGGAAGGGGGUCGAGACUGGGACUCUGGACGAAAGAUGGAAGGAGACAGACCAUGGCAAGGUAGAGACGGUGCGAUCCCAGGCCAGAGCCACAUGGCACGCGGAGGGAUGCAAGGGCGUGGAGGGUACAUGAACACAGGCACUUCUCAGUCUCUCUCUGGGGCCCUGAACAGGCAGAACCAGCUGAUGCAGGGCAGCGGGCUGCAGGGUGGGGCUUUUGGCCGACGCUACUGAUGCCUAUUUGUAGACAGUGAGACUGUUCUGGCUCAUAUCUCAAAGGACGUGACCACCUUUUCCUACAGCUUGUUUUUUUUACCAGGAAUACAUUUUGACACUAUUCCGAUCCACUUUUGUUGAAACCCUUUUUUUUUCUUGUCUUUUUCAUUAUGUGACGAUCUCCCACCUUGUCUGUAUCAUUCAGUUUUUCCUAACUUGUUACAACAUGACUGUCUUCUAUAUGUGGUGAGGACUCACAUCAGAACUCUGUUGUAAAUUAAUGUUUUAUAGAUGCUUGAACUGAUGGACCUGACCUCUCCACUGAUAUUUCUCAGUUUGUGUCUGAAGCAUUUUAGAAACUUCCCAUUGUCAAAGUUGAAUUUAAUUUGUUCAGAGCUUGACACUACAUCUUUUAAACACAGUCUAGAAGCUCUGCCGAGGUAAAUGUUUUUAUAGUAAAGAUCCACCACCUUGUUUUUUUUCUGUUUUUUGUAUGUGUAUUUGGUUUGUGUGGUUGUUGGAUAAUGGAAAUAAACGCUCAUGGAGCAUUUGUGUGCACUCGUAUGUGAUGACAUUAAAUAUGCUUUGUAUCACCUCUGUAAACUUAUUUCUUCCAUUUAGUUUUUUGUGCAUAUUUUGUUUUUAUGUCCUUCUGACAGUUUUUGUUUCAGUACAACACAGGAUGGACUAAAGCUCAUUUGUAAAAAUCCCUGGGUGACCUUGCCACAAAAAUAAAAUAUUUUGAAUAUUUGGA